AUGAAGUUUAGCUCUGGUUUGAGGUAUGACAAAACCACUAAAAAGUUUACAGCUUCAGAUGAAGACUAUUUGAAAAUGAUCCAUCAUAUCGUUCUACACCAUGUUCAGAGUUACAUGAAGUAUGCUAUCAAAGAGAUCCCAAAUUUGAAAGAAGACAUUCGUCUGAAAGCAUUUGACUUUCUUGACACCAAGUCAGAAAAAGAUAGAUUUUUUAAGAUGAUUAUCGAAGAAAUAGCUAAUUGGAUAGCUUACAAGAUUAGAGAGUAA